AUGGCUGCUAAAGACAGGGCACAACAUUUCAUUAUGUGUGAAAAGUGUCAAAGACCUGUAGAAUUUACAUGUGUUCCGUGUGAAAUUAAACUCUGUGGAGAAUGUUCUUUGAACCAUAUGCGCACGAAAUCAAAACGAGGACAUGAACUCCGGGAAUAUUCUCGGUCUUUGACACAGCAGUGUGACAUACAUCCUAGUUCUACAUGUGACGUCUAUUGUAAGUCCUGCUCUGUUCCAGUCUGCAGUGAAUGUGUCGCUACAAAUGAACAUAAACUUCAUGACCUUUCAUCAAUGUCUUUAAUAACUACCUUUUUCGAAACAUUGAUAAAAGAAGAAAGUAAUGAGUUACAAACAAAAGUUAAAGGCAACUUUGAGCAGUGUAUUCAAGAUAUCAAGAGCAAUCUUUCUACCGUAUCUAAGCAUUUUGCUGGUGUCAGACAAACACUCAAGCUAUGGGGUAAAAAAUGGCACCGUGAAAUUACAUCUCUUGAAGAAUCUCUUGGAAAAGAACUAAAAGAUGCAGAGGACGAGGCUUUGAGGACUCUGAAUGAGGAAAGGGCUCUUAUGGAAAGCAAGAUUCAGGACAUUAAUGAAUCCAUCAAGAAAUACGAGGAACUACAAGCGUCAGAAAACCCUAAACUUCUCGUCAAAUUUCAGUCUAAGUUAGACAAACUCAGUGAAAUACCUACCCUGAGAAACUUCUGUGUUGUUAACUUUAUUUCGACUGAACUACCAACUGAUCUGAGGAAAGUCUUUGGAAAUUUCAAGUCUUUUAUUUGGCCUGUCGAAUUUUCAAGUCUCUCAAAGAUAAGGACAUCAAAAGAAAGUAAGGCAUAA